AUGAGGACCUUAGCCCUGCUCUCUGUCUUUCUCCUGCUGGCCCUCCAGGGAAAGGCUCAACCUCUUGGCGAGACACCUGACCAGCUGCCCACAACAGAUGACCAGGGGACAGAGUCUGAGGGCCAGGCUCCCAUGACAGAUGACAAGGACAACUCCCUAGACCAGGCUGGUGCUGAGGACACAGGCAUGUCUAUCUCCUUGGAAAGUGAUGAACGUCUUGCUCGAAAUGCUUCAGGUCCACAGAGUAGAGGCACUUGCUACUGCAGACGCAACCGGUGUAAACGCUUUGAGCGUGUCUCUGGAUGGUGUAGACUGAAUGGUAUCCCAUACAACCUUUGCUGCUGA